AUGACGCAAGAACACUCCCAAGAGCACUCCCAAGAACACUCCCACGAACACCACCACGAACACCACCACACCCUGAGCAAAGCUUGGGAAUCCCUCAAAAAGCACGCCCACCAGCACCACGAAUCCGUCGAAGCUUCCUUCGCCACCACCUACGGCGCUGGCCUCUCUCCUCCAACAAGUCGACGGCACAGCGUCGAACACGCGGAACACUCGAAAGAACAACACAAGCAGCCUGAGUCCGCGGACGCCGGCCCAAGCAUCACCCCCGCCAAGCAGGAGGAGGUCACCCAUGAGAAGUGCGUCAAGGCAGCCGAGGAGAUCGAGAAGAAGGCCAAGGAGCAGCAUAAGAGUGUGAAUGCGGCUUAUACGGACUAUUAUGGAGGGCCAGUGUGUAUCUGA